UUCCGGGCAAAACUACGGCCCAAACAGGCCCAGAAGCUAAACCCCUAAUCUCAAAACCCCCAUUUCGCGUCACACGGAGUGACAGACAAAACAAUCAUGGCGCAGUGGUGGCGCUCCGCCGCCGGCCACCUCCGAACGGUGGCGGCGAACCGUUCCUCCACAUCGGUGUUCCGUCGCAGACACUACCACACGAUCCAAGCCAUCCCAAGGGAGAGCAGCGGCAGUAGAGUAUCGACCAGAGACCGAAUGCAAGGUCGAAUACCUGCGGUGGUUUUCGACGCUCGAACGGCGUCGAAGAAGCACUUGCUCACCGUCGAGAAGAAGCAGAUUAAGGCCGUUCUCAGCUCCCUCGACGCGCCUUUCUUCUGCUCCACGCGCUUCCCGCUCCAGAUCCGUGCCGGAUCCGGAUCCUCUCAUUUGCUCGAAUCCGGAACCGUGUUACCUAUCAAGAUUCACAGGGACGAAGAGAGUGGGCAGAUUCUGAAUUUGGUGUUUGUUUGGGCUGAGGACGGAAUGAAAUUGAAGGUGGACGUGCCUGUUGUUUUCGAAGGGGAAGAUGCUUGUCCCGGUCUUCAGAAAGGAGGAUUUUUGAAUAAGAUCAGACCUAGUCUUAAAUAUCUUUGUCCAUCUGAGCACAUUCCUUCUAAAAUUGUUGUGGAUGUGAGCAAUCUAGAUAUUGAAGAUAGGAUUUUCAUGCGUGACAUGGAGGUUCAUCCAUCCUUGAAGCUUCUUAGUAAGAAUGAAAACAUGCCCAUAUGUAAAAUAGUUCCAACAAGUUUGGGAAACAAAGAACCUGUUGGAAAUGAUCAAUGAAGCAAAGCAAAUAUGUUAUAUUCGACAAAAGGACAUUCAUUGGAAAAAAUGCGGAGUCAGACAUGCAGUUUCCAAAUAAACAUGGCCAACAAUUUAUUUUGGUGAUAUUUUGUAGCAGUGAUGAGUACAAGCACCUAAGAUGUUACAACUGUUUUUGGUGUUAGACUUAAUUGACGUUUCAAUAUAGGUGACUGUUGAUUUUCUAAUGGAUUAUUGAUUUCCUGCAUGUACAAGUUAAAUAUUGAAGUUCUUGAACAUGACUAGGGAUAUAGUAAUAUAUAUACACGCAUCGAAGGCACCGUUUGCAAGUGA